UUAAAUCAUAUUUGUUCUCGAACGUCUAACAUUAUUCAUCUAGUAGGAAGUUCAUCACAUUCGGGAAGAGGGAAGAGGUUGCAAAAUGGAAGCUGUAGCGAAGCAUGAAUUCCAAGCUACCGCAGAAGAUGAGCUUUCCUUUAAAAAAGGCUCGAUUUUAAAGGUUAUCAAAACAGAUGACGAUAAAAAUUGGUACAAGGCUGAACAAGAAGGGCGGUUGGGACUUGUUCCAGCGAACUACAUCCAGUUGAAACCACACAGUUGGUUUCAUGGCAAAAUCACAAGAGCAAAAUCAGAAGAAUUGCUGAUGAGUCAGAAGCAUGAUGGAGCUUUUCUCAUCAGAGAAAGCGAAAGUACACCAGGAGAUUUUUCAUUGUCUGUGAGAUUUGGUGAUGGUGUACAACACUUCAAAGUCUUGCGUGAUGGGGCUUGCAAGUACUUCUUGUGGGUUGUUAAGUUUAACUCAUUGAACCAGUUGGUUGAUUAUCAUCGCACGUCCUCAGUCAGCAGAUCACAAACUAUAUACCUAAGAGACAUGGCAGAUGAGGCUGCUGCACCGGAGCAAGAUACAUAUGUCGCUGCUUAUGAAUUCCGACCAGAAGAAGAGGGAGAGUUGUACUUUAAACGUGGGGAUUCUAUAUUGGUUCUUGAUAAAGAAGAUGCUAAUUGGUGGAAAGGCAGAAACGUAGCAACGGGGAGUGAAGGGCUGUUCCCAGCUACUUAUGUGCAAAAGAAGUCUUAAAAUUCAAUUUUCACUCUGAAGAAGUAUGCCAUUUCAUAUGACCGUUAAUACAUUAAUCUGAGUGGUAUCAUUUGAUGUUUUGGAGUGAAAGUUUCUGAAAAUAGAAGCACUGAAAUUGCUGAAUUACCCACGCAAAAAAAAAGCAACACAGGAAACUUGUAUUGAAUUUCUCUCUUUGUACAAUUUUUUUCUUUUCUGCUAAUACAAACAAUAGUCAAAGAGUAUAUUUUAAACAGAUAGGUGAAAUACUGAAUGUUUUGUUUUCCUUUGUUAUAUCAAUUGAUUCAGAGGAUGCAGACAGCUAUGUACAUUUUUGCCAUUAAAUCAAACAAUAAUGAUUAUUAAUAAUAUGCAGUCUAGGUUAAGAGAGUAAAUUUUGCCCUUCCACUCCUCUCAAGAUGAUUACAUUUCUAAGCAGAAAGUUGAUGAGGAAAUCCUCAAGGCUAAAAUUGUGAGACAUGUGGCUCAAAGUUAGGGGAAUCAACAUUAAGAGGGUCUACAAAUCCUAGCCUGUUACCCCUUUAACUCCCAAAAGUGAUUGACAUAAAACUUCUUCCUACAAUAUCCAUACAUUCUUCAGCAAACAGGUAAUGAGAAUAUUCAAACUUAUCGGGUAGAAGCUGCUAUCUUGAUCUAGCACCAAGUUCUCAUGACUAAUUUACAAGGAAAUGUGUAGCAGCUACAGGGGAGAACUAACAAUCAGAUCUUGGGAGUUAAAGGGUUAAGAGACUGUCAAGGCAAGGAUCAAUCAAAAAUGAGUGGGGAAGGGUAGGCUUACUCCCCUUUUCCUACCCUUCCCCCUCUUUGGCUGUAUGACAAACAGCCAGUUCCUUCUCAUCUCUUCCAACAGGAACCUGUUCAUAGGCUAGACAAUAACAUGCUCAUUAUGAUUGCAAACAUAGUUGAAUGUGACUUAAUGUUUAUAAAGAUAUUUGGAAGAAGAGAUACAACUUAAGUGGAGUAGAGCAUGAUUGUGUGGAUGCUGGUGUGAUGUCAAUGUUGUGUAAAUCUCUUUACUGAAUCAAAGAACACAAGUCUUUGCAGUGCAUCUAUUUCACUUCAUUAAAGAGUUUGGAUUUUAACACAUGCAUCUAACAUACCUCAUGAAAGAGCUAGGUCACUAAUUUGUACUGAUAAACAUAUCUUUUGAUUACUUUUACAACAUGUUGCAGGUCCAAUAUGCUUUUAACUGGGUUUGAAGAUCUGGGCCACUUUUUCAUGUUCUAAGUAAGACCUGUGGGGAACUUUUUCCUGCAUAUGUUAGGGUAUGGUUUUUUGGAGACAAUUGAUACCCAUAAGAGACCUAGAUUCCUCUUUGGCUGAGAAAGUUCUGUAAAUAAAAACUCCUUGAUCUCUUGUA